UUAGUUUCUAUCUGCGAGCGCUAUGUGAAUUUUGUACUCAUGUUAUUUCGUGUGUGAACAGUUAGUUUUGCUAAUUUGUCUCUGUUAACGUUUUAAUUGAUAAUUAAAGGUUCUUAUGGCGUUUCAGGGGCCUACUUACGGUCUCUCUCGAGAGUGUAUGUUAAAGUGCAAGGCCAAGUUCCAGAUGGAUAAAGCUCUUCAAGCAAUAGAAUGGAUAGAAAAGGUGACAGAUCUGGAACUUAAUCCUCCCAACCCAGAAAGAGGAUUCCAGGACCAUGUGGAUUUUUGUGAUUCUUUAAAAGAUGGCAUAGCCUUAUGCAGACUAAUAAACAGAAUAAUGCCUGGUGCUGUAGCAAAAAUCAACAAAUCAAAUGCUCCAUUUAAACAGAUGGAAAAUAUCGAGAUGUUUUUGAAAGGAUGUGUAAAGUAUGGACUCAAGUCUUGGGAUAUUUUUCAAGUUAAUGAUCUUUAUGAGAAGAGGAACCCUUAUUUG